AUGGGCCUUGGAUUAGGCACUGAAAAUCCCAGAUCCGUUAAUUCACGGGAUACUAAACCUCCACUGCUCGACGCGAGGACUGUUCAACUCCCUCUUGACCACUUUGGAUCGGACGCGGGCACUUUUCCCAACAGAUACUGGGUCUAUUCGGAAAAUUACAAACCAGGUGGUCCCGUUUUCAUCUUGGACCAGGGUGAAAGCAAUGCUGAACCAGUUAGCAGAUGGAUUCCCGACCCACGUUUCUUCUUCAACCAGAUCGUAAAAGAAUUUAAUGGCAUCGGCAUUGCCUGGGAACACCGAAUGUACGGCGAGUCGGUACCCGCAGGUUUUCACAAUGAUACGUCAUUGGACCGCUUCAAAUACUUGAAUGUCCCACAGGCUCUUGCGGAUAUUGACGCUUUUGCGAAGCAAUUCAGCUUGCCAUAUAUCAACGCGACACUCGAUGCCGAUCACACGCCGUGGGUUUUUAUUGGUGCCUCGUACUCAGGAGGAAGAGCUGCUUGGGUGCGCAACAAAUACCCAGAUUCUAUAUAUGCAUCCUGGGCCUCAUCAGCUGUCGUUGAAGCUAUGGUCGAUAUGGGUUAUUAUGCCGAUGCAAUAUGGGCCGGAAUGAAUGCCAAAGGCUUUGGCAACUGUACUCGGGACAUACAAGCUGCCAUCCGAUAUGCGGACCACAUCAUGGACACAGACCCGCAAGCUGCUGCCAAACUGAAAGAACAAUUUCUCGGUGCUAACAAUGCCAACAUCUCGAAUGUGGAUUUUGGCGGGACAUUACAGGUUGUGUUUGGGGACUGGCAGACAUAUGCCAUGGAUGGCUAUAGUGUCUCCCUCCGGCAAUUCUGUGAUGAGUUAGAGACUGACCCUAAGACGAACCAGACGGCACCAAAAGAGGGCUGGGCACCGACCAGGGGUGCCAAAUCGGUUUUGGACAAGUGGGCUCUCUACCCCGGGUAUUUAAACGUUGAGCUUCUGGACUCCAAUGCGCCAUGCGCAAAAAAUGGGACGGUUUCAAGAAAUUGCUCGUCUAAUGCUCAGCCGGUGGACCCCAAUGUUCUUUCCUGGAGAUGGCAGGCUUGCACUCAAUGGGGGUACUUUCAACCCGCCAAUCUUGGACCUUACCAGUUAAUUUCUAAGUUUAAUACUUUAAAGUUAGAAAACGAUCAAUGUCAUCAACUUUUCAACAACCCACCGCCUUCUGUAUUCCCAGAAUGGCCCAAGGUGCAGGAAUUCAAUCAGGAGAUGGGAGGAUGGCAGAUUCGCCCUUCAAACACAUACUGGUCAAGUGGAGAAUUCGAUCCUUGGCGUCCUACCGGUCCUCUUUCUCAACGACCCGACGCUCCAAAAGUCGAGAUUACGCAGGAGAUUCCCAAAUGCGGGGUGAGUACUGGGAAGGACAAACUGUUUGGUAAGGUGGUAGAAGGUGGGGUCCACGCGUCUGAUUUCAACACACCGGGACUUGGUUACAACAUCAUUCCCGAUUCAGUGAAUAGCCGGGAUCUUUUCAUAGAGGCUCUGAAGGAGUGGCUGCCCUGUUUCCGUCCAAAGAGCAAAGCUGCAAAGCCAUUCAAAGCAUGA